AUGGGGUUAAGAGCGGCCAGCCUCUUCCUCCUCUGGCUGGCUCUUUCCUCUGCUAGUGAAAUAAGAAAAGGAAGGACAAGAAGCCAUGGCCACUAUGUCUGCAGCACUUGGGGAAACAACCAUUUCAAGACUUUUGAUGGAGAUGUCUACCAAUUCCCUGGCCUUUGCGAGUAUAAUUUUGUUUCUGACUGCCGAGAGGCUUACAAGGAGUUCUCUGUCCACAUCCAGCGUGCUCUCGACAGCAAUGGCCAUCCUGAGAUCCAGUAUAUUCUGAUGAAAAUCAAGGAUAUAAUGGUCUACCUCAAACCCAACCUGGUUGUGGUGGAUGGGCGGAUUGUGAAGACACCUUACUACUCCUCUGGUGUCCUCAUUGAGAGCAAUGAAAUUUACACCAAGAUUUAUGCCAAAUUAGGCAUGGUUCUGAUGUGGAACCAGCAGGAUGCCCUGAUGGUGGAGCUGGACAACAAAUUUAAUAACCAUACCUGUGGUCUCUGUGGGGAUUACAAUGGCAUUCAAAUCUACAAUGAGUUCAUCAAGGGAGAUGCAAGCUACAAUUCAAUUACAUAUGGGAAUAUGCAGAAGAUCAGCAAACCCAAUUCCAAAUGUGAGGAUCCAGAUGAAACUCAGGCUCUUCCAAGCUGUAAUGAGCAUCGUGACGAGUGUCAGAAGUUGCUGACCUCCUCUGCAUUUGCUGAUUGUCGGCUGCGUCUUAAUUUGGAGAUGUACAUCCAAGCGUGCAUGCAGGACAAGUGUGCCUGCAAUGGGAAGGACGACUCCUUCUGCCUCUGCAGCACCAUCUCCGAGUAUUCCCGCCAGUGCUCGCACGCAGGCGGCCGCCCGGGAGAAUGGAGGACACAGAGCUUCUGCCCCAAGACCUGUCCUGCUACCAUGGUCUAUAGAGAAAGCAGCUCACCCUGCAUGGAUACUUGCUCACACUUGCAGAUCAGCAGCCUUUGUGAGGAGCACUACAUGGAUGGCUGUUUCUGCCCUGAAGGAACUGUGUAUGAUGAUAUCAGUGAAAAAGGCUGCAUCCCUGUUAGCCAGUGCUACUGCAAACUUGGUGGAAAGAGUUAUGCACCUGGAGAAAGCAUUUCCAAAGAAUGUGAAGAAUGCACCUGCAAUUCAGGCAGAUGGACCUGCAAAGAUCUACCCUGCCCAGGCACAUGCUCAGUGGAAGGAGGUUCCCAUUUUACCACCUUUGAUGGGAAGAAAUACACCUUCCAUGGAGACUGCUACUAUGUGUUGGCCAAGGGUACUGCAAAUGAGAGUUAUGCUCUCCUGGCAGAACUGGCUCCCUGUGGCUCCACAGACAAACAGACCUGCUUGAAGACUAUUGUGCUGUUAGUGGAUAACAAAAAAAAUGUGGUGGUUUUCAGAACAGAUGGCAGCGUGCUCCUGAACGAGAUGACAGUGAAUGUGCCUCAUGUGUCAACCAGCUUCUCAGUAUUCAAGCCGUCUUCCAACUACUUUGUUGUACAAACUCCAUUUGGGCUUCAGAUGCAGAUCCAGCUGUUUCGAGUCAUGCAGCUGUUUGUGACUGUGGAUCAGUCAGUUAAAGGAAAACUUCAAGGUCUUUGUGGAAACUUCAAUGGAAUGGAAGGUGAUGACUUUAGAACAACCAGUGGGCUGAUUGAGGCUACAGGGUCUGCCUUUGCUAACACAUGGAAAGCUCAGUCCACCUGCGCAGACCAGGUAGAAAAGCUGGAAGAUCCCUGCAGUCUCAGCAUUGAAAGUGCAAAUUAUGCUGAGCAUUGGUGCUCUUUGCUGAGAAACCCAAAGGGUCCUUUUGCAAGAUGUCACAUAGCCGUUGAUCCUUCAGAAUACUAUAAGAAAUGUAAAUAUGACACCUGCCUCUGUGAAGACAAUGAAGAAUGUUUGUGUGCUGCCCUGUCCUCUUACUCAAGAGCCUGUGCUUUCAAAGGGAUCAUACUGGGAGACUGGAGAAAGAGUGUUUGCAGUAAUGAAGCAUCUUCCUGCCCAGGAAAUCAAGUCUUCCUUUACAACCUUACAAUGUGCCAGCAAACCUGUCGCUCCCUUGCUGAUGGUGAAAAGUAUUGCUUGCAAGACUUUGCCCCUGUGGAUGGCUGUGGCUGCCCAUCCAAUACAUACUUGGAUAACCAGGAUAACUGUGUGCCCAUCUCCCAGUGCCCAUGUUAUUACAAGGGAUCAUACCUGGAACCUGGGGAGUAUUUCACAAAAGAUGGAGAACGCUGUGUUUGCCGAAAUGCAAAGAUCCAGUGCACUUCAGUGAAAUUAAGAAUGAGAAGUGAAACAGAAUGUUCUUCUAACAAGACAUACUUUGACUGCAAUGCAUUCUCGAAGUGGACUUCCCAAACACCUCUACAACUUAGCUGUCAUACUCCUCAAACCGAUCACUUCCAGACAGAGUGUGUCUCAGGCUGUGUGUGCCCUGAAGGUCUGUUUGAUGAUGGCAGAGGGGGCUGUGUCGAGCAAAAAGAUUGCCCAUGCAUUCACAACAAUGAGUGGUAUCAUUCUGGAGGCAAGAUAAAAGUGGACUGCAACACCUGCACCUGCCAGAAAGGGGUUUGGAAAUGCACUGAGGACGUGUGCUAUGGGACUUGUAUGAUAUAUGGAAGCGGCCAUUAUAACACUUUUGAUGGGAAAUUCUAUGACUUUGAUGGGAGCUGUGAAUAUGUGGCUACUCAGGACUUCUGCGGUGACAAAAAUUCCAGUGGCUCAUUCAGUAUCAUCACAGAGAAUGUUCCUUGUGGAACUACAGGAGUCACCUGCUCAAAGGCUAUCAAAAUGUUCCUAGGGAAAACUGAGCUGAAAUUGGAGAACAAAGAGUACAAAGAAAUUCAGCGAGAUGUUGGUGAUGAUGUGCAGUAUUGGAACAGGACAGUCGGCCUGUACCUGGUUAUUGAGGCUAGCAAUGGUGUGAUGCUGAUCUGGGACAAGAAGACUACUGUUUUCAUCAAGCUGAGCCCUGAUUACAAGGGUAAAGUGUGUGGUCUGUGUGGCAACUUUGAUGACAAGGCAAACAAUGAUUUUACAACAAGGAGUGGACUGCAGGACAAUAAUCCUCUGAAUUUUGGAAAUUCCUGGAAACAAUCUCCCAUGUGCCCAGAUGUCACAGAAGAGAUUAAGCCCUGUGAUCUGAAACCACACCGGAAGUCUUGGGCAGAGAAAGAAUGCAGCAUCAUCCAGAGUGAAGUCUUCAAAAUUUGUCACUCCAAGGUGGACCCACUUCCUUACUAUGAGGCUUGUGUUCAUGAUGCCUGCUCCUGUGACAGCGGUGGGGACUGCGAGUGCUUCUGCUCUGCAGUUGCAGCGUAUGCCCAAGAGUGCAUCAAGGCUGAGGCCUGUGUUUUCUGGAGAACUCCUGAUAUCUGCCCGAUAUUCUGUGACUACUACAACCCUCGCAAUGAGUGUGACUGGCACUAUGAGCCUUGUGGCAGUAAUAUCACAACCUGCAGGAUGAUCAACAAUGUCAGCACCAACUUUACAGUACCAUUACUGGAAGGUUGCUACCCCAGAUGCCCUAAGGACAAGCCUAUUUACAAUGAAGACACAAAGCAAUGUGUGACUGGAGAUCAAUGUGGAUGUUACCUCGAGGAUGGAACCUAUGUGCCCCCUUGGCAAGAAGUACCCACAGAGGAAAACUGUACAACAUGUAUCUGUGUCCCAUCAGGAUCCAUAGAGUGUAAACCGGUCCCAGGAUGUCCUUGUGUCAUCAAUGGAACGAGUUAUGAAGAGGGUGCUACUGUGGGAGUCGUACAGGACGGUGACACAUGUAUAAGAUACAUUUGUGCAGAAAAUGGCUCUGUAGUUCCUGGUGAAGUCUAUCCCUGUCCAACAUCUUCACCUACAACCAUUUCAACCUCCUCCCCUCACAGUACUCUUACCACCACCACCACAGUUUCCACCACAAGCCACCCAGUCACUACAACUCCAUGCGUAGUCACAGAACUAAUCUGUGAUUGGACAGAGUGGUUUGAUGUUAGUAAACCUGAAGAAGGUGGUGGUGACUACGAAACAUAUGAUGAAAUAAGAAAACAUGGAAACAAAAUAUGUACAGCUCCUGAAGAAAUUGAAUGCAGGGCUAAGGAUAAACCUGAUGUGAGCUUAGAAGAACUUGGUCAGAAAGUAGAGUGCAAUGUUAAAUAUGGGCUAAUCUGUAAAAAUGAUGAGCAAGAUGUAACUAUGUGGCCACUUUGCUAUAAUUAUGAAAUCAGAGUAAACUGUUGUGAGUGGCAAGAAAUUCCUUGUGAGCAUACAACUACACCUACUAUACCUUCAACUUCAACCACCACCCAGACAACAAUAGCCAGCACCACUACAACCAGGACUUCAACAGAAAUUACCACCCCGCCCAUAGACAUCCAUUCCACAACAUCCCCAUCUCCACCCACACCGAGCACACCACAACCGACAACGCCUCCUACGCCGCCAGAGACUCCCACCACCACCACCAGCACCCCGACAACAACCACCACUACUACUGGAUCAACAAAACCCACCUCAACUACUUCAAGCACAUCCUCACCAACACCAACAUACACCACCACCACACCAACUCCAGCGUGUGAGUGCAUCUGGACAGACUGGAUCGAUGUGAGUUACCCAGAUGGUUCUGACAGGAAUGGUGGUGACUACGAAACUUUUGAGAACAUUUGGAAGAAAUACCCCUCCUGGGAGUGUGCAAAAGUUGAGAAUAUUUCAUGCCGAGCACAGAAAUUCCCUAGCAUUUCCAUUGCAGAUUUAGGGCAGAAAGUGGAAUGUGAUGUUAACGUAGGGCUCAUUUGUAACAAUAAAGAUCAGCAGAUAGGAGGUAUAAUACCGAUGCCAGUCUGCCUCAACUAUGAGAUCAGUGUCUGCUGCACCCCCAACAAACCAGAGUGUCUUCCAACUCCAAGCACCACGAGCACCACAACUUCCACAGCUACCACCACAACGAGCAGUGUGUCCCCUCCAAUAUCAACCACCACUCCAACAUCAGUGGAGACUUACAGCCCUACCACCACCACCACCACCAGUGUGCCCCCCAGCAGCACCACCACUAGUGGCAGCACCUCAGAGACAACAAGAACUGCUCCUGUCUCAACAACACCCGUUUCAACUACUUCAAGCACAUCCACACCCACACCAACCUACACCACAACCACCUCACCAACUCCAGGCACACCUCCAUCUACACCAAGCACAGCAUCCCCUACAGAAGAAUUGCCCACCAUGUCCCCAGAGACUUCCAGCAGCACCACCACCACCCCCAGCACCAGCACCCCGGCAACAACAACCUCUCUUGUUGGAUCACCAACACCCACCUCAACUACUUCAAGCACAUCUUCACCACCACCAGCAUACACCACCUCCUUAUCAACUCCAG